CGAUUACAGGGUUUGAUCGGCGCGUCCUACUACAUGCUACUACGCGCUUCUGAUUAGGUAGUUACAAAUGGGAUGUUGAAGUCGUGCGACCGACAGACUCCGACGAGAGGCCGUACUCUUUUGUGCCGGUUGUGAUUGCGAUCCGACGCUGACACACCGUCAGCGGCGUCGCAACGUCCAAGCCACCGACUGUAGCGGCGAGCAACUGAUUGCCUCGUCGGGAGAGGCGGUGUUUAUAUUGUUUACAACCCAUAAUGUGGUCAUUCUUUGCGAGAGACCCCGCCAAGGACUUUGGAUACGAGAUCGGUGAGCUUGUGCCCGGACUAGAAGAAAAAUCGCUCUGGCAGCUACACAAGGGAAAGAAAAAGGGAGGUGAUCAAGAUGUGUCCGUUUUCGUAUUCGAAGCGAAAGCAGGCAAUGAGAGCUUGCUGGACACUGCCAAGGCUUCUGUCAAAAGGCUCAAAACUCUAAGACACCCGAACGUCCUACAAUACGUUGACAGUCUCGAGACUGAGAAAGUGAUAUACCUAGUAACUGAAUAUGUGGAGCCCCUUGUUACACAUUUGGAGGUGCAAAAGAAAGACGAGGAAAAAAAACUAGGUGCCGCAUGGGGUCUUUACCAGGUUACGAAAGGACUCGGAUUCUUGACAGGAGACUGUGGCCUCAGCCAUAACAACAUUUGCUUAUCAUCAGUUUUUGUCAAUCGUGCUGGAGAGUGGAAGAUUGGCGGCGUAGAGUACAUGUGUCUUGUGACGGAGUCUCCACCAAGAAAAAACCUUUCCGCCUUGGAUGUCUACACACCUCCUGAACUUAAGGAUUCAUCCGCAUCCCACAGGCGGUCAGGACCAAAGUGGGCAAGAGAUAGCUGGGGUCUUGGCUGCCUGAUGUGGGAAGUUUUCAAUGGACCUUUGUUGAAGCCUUCUUCUCUUGAAUCUCCCGGAAAGAUCCCAAAAUCACUCACGCCUGCUUUUAACCAGCUGACAAAUUCAAACAUUAAUUCCCGCCCUAGUCCAGCAGAUGUCCUCACGAGGUGUCGAUCAGCUGGCGGGUUCUUCAAGAAUAGUUUUGUUGACACCAUGCUCUUCAUUGAAGAGAUUCAGAUCAAGGACACUACAGAAAAGAACAGGUUCUUCACAGGUCUCACAUCUGUCAUGGAUAAUUUCCCAACCAAUGUCUGCAAGUACAAGAUUCUCCCGCAACUUAUCAAUGCGUUUGAAUUUGGUGAUGCUGGCUCAGUCGUACUGUCACCUCUCUUUAAGAUUGGAAAACUGCUGGAUGCUGAAGAAUUCAAGAAAAAGAUUGUUCCCUGUGUUGUCAAAUUAUUUUCCUCAAAGGACAGGGCAACACGGGCCCGUCUCUUGCAACAGGUGGACCAGUUCGUUGACUACCUCAGCAAUGAUGUCUUGAACCAGGAGGUGUUUCCUCACGUUGUUCAAGGCUUCUCAGACACCAACCCGACGAUACGUGAGCAGACAGUCAAGGCAAUUGUGCACUUGGCACCGAAGCUGAGUUACAACAACCUCAACGAGGAAGUGAUGCAACAUUUUGCACGACUUCAGUCCAAGGAUGACCAGGGUGGCAUCCGAACAAACACCACUGUGUGCCUUGGAAAGAUAGCUGGACAUCUUCACCCUCAGGUGCGACAGAGGGUGCUAAUAGUAGCGUUCACGCGUGCCAUGCGGGACCCAUUCCACCCGUCGAGGAUGGCUGCCAUCUUGGCCCUGUCCGCCACCCAGGGCUACUUCACCCUCAAGGACUGUGCUACCAGGGUACUUCCAGCUCUGUGUGCCCUCACGAUGGACCCCGAAAAGACAGUCCGGGACCACGCAUUCAGCGCAAUCAAGGGUUUCCUGGGAAAACUAGAGAAGGUGUCCGAGGACCCCAGCCUUGCCGAGCAAAUGGAGGCAGAUGUAAAUGCAGCCAGCUCGAGCGUGCCAUCAAGCCUGGCUGCCAGCUGGGCUGGUUGGGCAGUGACGUCACUAACGUCCAAGUUUUACCGCUCAAAACCCACAGCAGGUGCCCCUGCACCUGGUACAACAGGCAGUGGAGAGGCACAGUCCCAGCCGUCUUCAAAUGCUACUUCACCCACCACAGAGAGCACCGCACUGCAUGAUCGCCGAGCAUCAGAGGACGCCGGUGUCGACUCUGGCUCGGGGGGUGACGACAAGUGGGAUGACCAAGACGACUGGGGAGAUAUGGAGGAAGACACUAAAGGCAACUCUGGGAAAAGUGGAGCAUCGCCAAAGGAACGUGCCCCCUCGGGGCAAGACGGCUGGGACGAUGGCGACUGGGAGAGCUUCGAAGAAGAGCCUACCCCUCCUUCUGAAGCGCCUUCAAGCAAGUCUAGUUCCGAGCCCAAGCCUCUGGACGCAAGGCUAACUAGUUCCUAUAACUGGGGCACAACUCGAGACACUGAGGAGGAUUUCUUUUGUCGUGCAGCCGGACUAGGAGCCACAAAACAGCCACCUAAACCCACGGCAGCCAGUUCGAAGCAAAGCCCAAGCUCUGAAAAUGCAUGGGAAAAUGAUGACUGGGACAAGUGGGGUACCAGCAAAGGCCCGACCCUUUCUGGCAAGGGUGACUCAAAGAGCGAGGAAUCGCGGCAGCAAAGGGAAGCCAAACGUCAGCAGCGGCAAAAGGAACUGCAAGAGCGGAGAGCAGCCCGCCAAGCUGCAGGGCCCAUGAAACUAGGUGUCAAAAAGGAAUUCUAAGACAACUCAACACAUGUGAAUAAAUGCUAUGUUUCAGAAUGUUUUAA